UUCGUGUUGAUAUUAGCGAUCAAGGACGAUCAACUGUAAAUGUAUGUUUUUUCAACGGCAAUUUUAUCAACAACAAAUCAACGUUUACUCCUAAACACUAAACAGUAGUUGAAUUACUGUUGACAAAAAAUCAAAUCUAUUGAAUGUUAAGCGCGCUAUUUACAACAGUAAUUUGCUGAGCGAACAGCAUGCUCUGCAGGCACUUUUUUUAAUGAUUGUUUAAAUAAAAUAAAGUUGUUUGUGGUAAUAAAAUGGUAAAUUUGUAUUUAUAGUACGGUAGGAAAUGAAUUUUAACUUGAAAAAAUAUUAUCUUGAUGAAAUUAGGAUAUUCUUUAAAGUAACUGAGGAUAAUUAAACAUGAAAAUAUUUUUUUCACAAUUUACCAUGCAAAAGUCUCAACUUAGCAGCAAUUUGAUUAGGCUUAUAAUAAUAAUACCAUUAAUAAAAGUAAAUUAGUAAUGUUUUUAGCUAAAAUUAUUUGCCUUAUAAAUUCUGACUGCAAAUUUAACUCAUAUAGUACCAAAUGCAAUUUAAAUGGUUUUUCCUGUUUAUGAAUAUUAAUUUUUUUUUGAUAAGAAAAAGAUAAUGAUGCCAAAACGUGAUAAAAGUCUCUACAUGAGAAAGUUUAUGAAAGAAAAACGAGACACUGAAUAAAGAAUAAAGUAUCUUCUUGAAGAGUGCAAUAUUGCUGGUAGAGAGAAUUGUGAGCAUGUAGAUUCAGGUGUUCAAGUGAUUUCUGGAGUUUCUGAAGGUGUGCUCAGUGAUGUAGUUUAUGAAGAUGUGCAAAGCAAUACAUCGAUGCUUUCCAUUACUUCACCUGAAAAUGAAGUUGGUCUAAAUAAAGCUGAAUCAAGUUAUGGUGAUGUUGAAGACAUUGCAGCUGCAAAUAGUUUAUUCAGUAGUAUUGAUACUCAAUACUUUAACGAAAGAUUUUUUAUACGAGUGGUCAUUAAAUUACUGUAUAAAAGAUGAUGCUUUAAAUGCACUUUUAAAACACUUUAACAAAUUUGCUCCAUCUAUACCAAAAUGCAGGCAGACAUUUCAAAAAUCUCUUCAAAAAAUUGAUGUUUUAUAUGUUAGUGGAGGUGAUUAUGAAUAUCUUGGAGUUAAGAGUGCAAUUGAUUAUUUUUUACAUGUUAACAUCUGGAAAUAAGGAAAAGCUUGAUAUAAUUGUUAGUAUUGAUGGUGCACCUAUAUACAAUAGUAAAAAGGCUUCUAUUUGGCCUAUAGUAAUAACAAUUAACAGAAAAGAACCAUAUGCUAUUGCAAUAUGGUAUGGUCAAGGAAAACCAAGUAAUUUGGAUAACUACUUUAAAGAUUUUGUUUAUGAAAUGAAAGAACUCCAAACUAAUGAAUAUGAAAAGCUGCAGGUGAAUAUUAAAGCUAUUGUUUGCGAUGUGCCUGCAAGGGCAUUUGUUAAAUGCAUUAUAGGGCAUAGUGGCUACCAUAGCUGUGAAAGAUGUGUGGCAGUUGGCACACAAAUUCAGGGCGUAAGAAUAUUGGAAACAAAUGCUUCUCUUCGUACCGAUGUAGCCUUUAAAAAUAAUUUAUAUAAAGAAAAAGGUCAUCAACUUAAAAGUCUCUCUCCACUUGCCCAAUUAAAUAUUCCAAUGGUAACUGGAUUCCCACUGGACUAUAUGCACCUUAUAUGUCUUGGGGUAGUAAAAAAACUUUUAUUUAACUGGUUUAAAGGUCCCAGAUUUAUUAGAAUAAGUCAAUCUGUUAAAGAUAGUAUUUCAAAUGAGCUCAUAACCUUGCGAAGUUAUACACCAUCCAAUUUUCAACGCAGACCACACUCUUUAAAUGAACUUGAGAAGUGGAAAGCAACAUAAUUUCGGUUCUUCCUACUUUAUGCUGGACCUGUUGUUUUAAAAGGAAAAAUAAAUAAAACUAACUAUGAGUUGUUUAAUUCUUUUUCAAUUGCUAUGCACAUACUGCUUUCCGAUAAAAUGGUAAAAAAUGAGUUGUUUUUGGCAUACGCUAAACAAUUACUUAUAUGGUUUGUUAGAGAAGUACAAAUUUUGUAUGGGGAGACCUUUGUGACAUAUAAUGUUCAUAGCAUGAUUCAUUUAGCUGAUGAUUGUAUUAACUUUGGGGAGAGUCUUGAUCAUCUGUCAGCUUUUUCUUUUAAAAACUUUUUGGGUCGAAUUAAAAGAAUGAUGCAAAAGUCACAUCAGACUAUUGCCCAAAUAGUGAAACAACUAGAUGAGAGAAAAAAAUUAGAGAUUUUUCUUAAAGAAUGAAACGGUAAAGAAAUCCCUGUCAGAGUUGUGAAAAAUAAAAUCACAUCAAUUCUGCGAGACAGAGUCUAUUUUAUUCAAGACAAAGGGUUUAUUUUAGUAGAAGAGGUUUUGGUAGAUCUUGUAAAAUGCAAGGCAUUAAAUCCUCAUUCAGUUAGAAUUUUUUUUCCUGAUUAUUUUGAAACAUCAAACUUAGAUGUUGGUUAUGUAAAUUCAUUAGCUAACAUGAAAACAAUAUUUCUAAAAAAAAAUGAACUUUUGACCAAAGGAUUGAUAAUACCUGUUCAAAAAGGUGGUUAUGCUUUUUUUCGGCUGAGACAUUGUGAUAUUGCCUAUGAUGACUGAAUUUUAAAUUAAAAACAGAUUUUUUGCUAUACUUCCAGACCACAUUUUGUUACGAAUGUCUGGGCAUGUGUCUUUUUUUUUUAAUGUUCUAUUAUAAAUUGCUAUAAAUGUGACAUAUUUACUUUAUUGAAUAAUUUUUAUGUGAGUUUAAUACAUUAUAGUUUAUAAAUAGUUUUUAUGUAUUUUUUAAAGAAAUAUUGAAUACUUAAGCUUGUUUUAUGUCUUAAUAAUGCAUUGUGCAUUGAUGUUAACUAAUGUAAUUUUUUUUUUUGUAAUUUGCAUUAAUUUUUUGAUAUAUAAGAUUGUUUUGAUAUAUAAGAUUAGACUUAAAUAGUACCUGACUAUUGAAAUGUCAUUUGCCAUUGUCCAAUUUUUAAAUUGAAGUAUUAAAUGAAGUGGAAGUAGUAGCUAAAAGUUGGAUGAAUAAUGGUAAAUGCUUCUGGCUGCCAUUUAAAAAUUCCUCUGCAAUUCGCAAGGUUGUCACUAGCUUGCAGGCACCAACAUCUGAUUGGCAGAUAUACCCUGCUAGAAUUCUAUACACUACAGAAGCUCGGUCGCGCUUGGAAAAAGCAGCAGAUACGUCAAAUAUUGAGACAGACACUGAAGAGAAAAGAGAAACAAAGCAGAAGAGAAAGAUGACGAUGACAUUCUGUGAAAGUGAUGAAGAUAUUGUAGUUAGUGAUGAAGAACAACACGGAAGAUAUUAUUUGAAGAAUUCAAAUGGCCAAAGUAUAUCUAAUGUGAUUCUAAAUAUAGCAGAAGUUCUAAAAUCAUUAACAACUCCACACAUAAAAAGUGAAGUAGCAAGCUUUUCAGUUGCUGUAAACAACAUUGACUUUGCAAAAGAAACCAAUGUUUUCGAAGAAAAAUCAAAGUUGUUUUCAAAUAUAUUGGUAAAAAAAAAUUAAAUUAUUAAAAUAAAUAGUAUUAAAAAUAAUAAUAGAAAUCAUAUAUGUUUGUUGAGAAGUUGCUGGGAAUAAGAAUUUAAGUUAAACAACAAAAACUCUGAAUA